AUGAGACCAACAUACAAGGACAUCAUCGAGUCGGACAUCAUCAAAUUUGUGAUCGGUCCCAAUGACAAAGAGUUCAAUAUCCAUAGCGUUACGAUCUCGAGUCUAUCAAAGCCUCUUGGCGUACUGAUUAACGGCAACAUGCGCGAAGCCACGGAGAGAUGUGUCAAGUGGCCUGAUGUCGACGAGAAGACUUUCGUGCGCUUCGCCCAGUGGGCUUAUACUGAGACCUACGUGACGGAGGAGCCUGACAUCCUCCUUGACCAUUCUGUCAUUGGAGCUACAGCAUCUUCCACAGCAACAGAAGCGCUGCCACAAAGCAACACAUCAGCCGAAUUACCGCUAUACUCUCUCCUCAGAAUCAAUUCUGGCCAGCCCAACAAGAAAUAUGGUUGCUUCAACUAUAUUUGUGGUUGUUCCGCACUCGCCGAUUGCGCAACCUGCGCGGCCCUGACCAAGUCGUCAAUUUUCAGCAAAAGAGACGAACUCAUCGAUACCUUCUUGGACCAGAGCGGUAGCUCCUACCCUACGUCAAGUCCUGCUUUCUCAGCUCGACCAAAUACCGAGAGCUGUGAGAAUUAUACCGGCGUCUUCCUUUGCCAUGCGAAGCUCUACGUCCUGGGCGACAAGUACGACAUUCCAGCCCUGAAGCAGCUCAGCUUGCACCGACUCCACGCCACGCUGAAGGAGUUCACUCUCUACCCGAACCGCAUGAGCGACAUUGCAACUCUUACCAAAUACGUGUUCCAGAACACUGUCCCGGAGGACGAGAUUAGAGACAUGAUCACGCUGUACUAUGCCUGCAUCGUUGAGGAUGCUUCAAAGCAAGACGGUCUGGAGUCACUCAUCGACGAGAUUCCUGAUUUUGCGUUCGGAUUGAUCCGCAAGAUGAGCGAGAGGCUUGCUUAG